CUCUCUCCCCUGCAUAAAACUCCAAAAAUUCUCGUGAAACUAACAAAAUUCUCUCUACAUCCUUCACAUCUCUCGUUUGAUUUGCUCUCUCAAACUCGUGUUUAUUGAUUUGUGCGGUGAACGGUGGAGAGAGCGGAGGAAUUGAAUUAAUUAAUUAAGGAGAUGUAGAGCGUGCAAAACCGGAAUUGUUCAAGUGUAACUAAUUGUUGAAUUAUUGGCUGCUGAGUUUAGAUCUGUUCACUUUUCCGUUUUUCUCACGGAAGCAGUGUUUCCUGGGAUGAAGCGUUUGCGGGAUGAUGUGUUUUUAAACCCUCAAUUUAAGAGACCGUUCGGCUCUUCUUCUCGAGGAGAAUCGUAUGGCCUUCCAAAUCCUCCUAUAGCCGGUGGGGGUGGGGGCAUGGAUGGAGUUGGGGCAGUAGGAGGAGGAGGUGGUGGUGCUGGCGGCAGUGUUAAUGGUGGUGGUGGUACCGCUGUUACAGCUGGAGGUGCGCAAAAGCUCACGACAAAUGAUGCAUUGAGUUAUUUGAAGGAUGUUAAGGACAUGUUCCAGGAUCAAAGGGAAAAAUAUGAUAGGUUCCUUGAUGUCAUGAAAGAUUUUAAGGCUCAAAGGAUUGACACCGCUGGGGUCAUAGCUAGGGUGAAAGAGUUGUUUAAAGGACAUCCUAAUCUUAUACUUGGGUUUAAUACAUUCUUGCCCAAAGGAUAUGAAAUUACCCUAACUGACGAGGAAGAGGCUCCAGCAAAGAGGACUGUUGAGUUUGAGGAGGCUAUUAGUUUUGUCAAUAAGAUCAAGAGACGUUUUCAAAAUGACGAUCACGUGUAUAAAUCUUUCUUGGACAUUUUGAAUAUGUACCGGAAAGAACAUAAGGGUAUAAAGCAGGUUUACGAAGAGGUUGCAGCACUUUUUGAGGACCACCCCGACCUUCUUGAUGAAUUCACGAGAUUUCUGCCAGAUACUUCAUCCACAGUGUCAGCUCCUCAGGCUUCUUUUGGACGGCAUUCUUUUCAUCGUUAUGAUGAGAGGAGCUCUGCCCUACCCACAACAGGACAGUCUCAUGUUGAUAAGCAGCGGCCGCGAAGGGAUAGGAUCAUAGGUCCCCAUGGAGAAAGAGAUCUUAGUGUUGAACGUCCUGAUGUUGAUGAUGAUAAAAGCGUUAUGCGAUUGCACAAAGAGCUGAAGAAACAUUCUGAAAAAGACAAUAGGGAUACGAAAAACCGUGAUCCUGAUGACAGAGAUCCUGACAUCGAGAACAAUAAGGACGCUACCAUGCAUCGGCUUUCCGAGAAAAGAAAAUCUGUUCGGAAAGACUAUGGGGAUGAUAAAGAUGCAUCAAAAAGUAUGUACAGCCAUGAGUUCGACUUUUGUGAAAAGGUGAAGGAGAGGUUGCGCAGUGCGGAUGAUUACCAAGCAUUUUUGAAAUGCCUUCACAUUUACAGUACAGAAAUCAUUACAAGAAAGGAAUUACAGAGUUUGGUUUCUGAUUUACUUGGUAAAUUUCCUGAUCUCAUGGAAGGCUUCAAGGAAUUUUUGGAGCACUGUGAGCGUUUAGAGGGUUUCUUGGCUGGUGUUAUGGGCAAAACAGAAACAUUAUGGAAUGAAGGAAAUACUUCAAAAUCUAUCAAAAUAGAGGAAAAAGAGAAAGAACCAAAACGUGAAGUGGAAGGAGGGAAAGAGAAAGAUAGAUACAAUUUGAAAUACUGGGGAAAGUCCAUUCAAGAGCUGGACCUUUCCAAUUGUCAACGCUGCUCCCCCAGUUAUCGGCUUCUUCCAGAAGAUUAUCCAAUACCCUUAGCUAGCCAGAGGUCAGAGCUUGGUGCUCAAGUUUUGAAUGAUCACUGGGUGUCGGUGACAUCUGGUAGUGAGGAUUAUUCUUUUAAACACAUGCGAAGAAACCAGUACGAAGAAAGCCUCUUUAGGUGUGAAGAUGAUAGAUUUGAGCUAGACUUGUUAUUGGAGUCUGUCAGUUCAACCGCAAAGCGAGCAGAGGAGCUUUUGAACAGUAUUACUAACAAAUCAACUGAUUCAGACAGUCAUAUACGGAUCGAAGACCAUUUUACAGCUCUGAAUUUAAGAUGCAUUGAACGCCUAUACGGUGACCAUGGUCUUGAUGUGAUGGACAUUUUGCGUAAAAAUCCGUCUCAUGCAUUGCCUGUUGUCCUAACCCGACUUAAGCAGAAGCAGGAGGACUGGACCAAGUGUCGUUUGGAUUUUAACAAAAUUUGGGCUGACAUAUAUUCUAAGAACCAUUACAAAUCUCUUGACCACCGAAGUUUCUACUUCAAGCAACAAGAUUCAAAGAACUUGAGCACAAAAGCUUUAGUGGCAGAAAUAAAAGAAAUCAAGGAGAAAAGGCAGAAAGAGGAUAGUGUGCUACUUAGUAUUGUUGCUGGAAAUAGACACUCUAUUGUUCCAGACAUUGAAUUUGAAUAUUCUGAUGCUGAGAUUCAUGAUGAUGUUUAUAAGAUUAUCGAAUACUCAUGCGAAGAAGUCUGCUCAACAAAAGAACAGAUCAAUAAAAUUUUGAGAUUCUGGACAACUUUUCUUGAGCCAAUGCUGGGCAUUCACUCCAGGCCACAGUCAAAUGUGGCUACCAAAGAUGAUGCUUCAAAGCAUCAAACGAUUAAGCAUACUGUCACAGGCACAACAGAAAGUGAAGAUAGUCCCCAUGCUGAUGCUUCUGUGACGAACUUUAAGCAACCAAAACCCAACUGCAAUGGUGAAUUGUCUACUUCUCCUCAACACAAUUCAGGCAGGCUUAGCUUAAAGAAUGUAGAUGCUAAGGUAGGGCUUACAGCUGGUGAAAGAUUAACCAACACUGAUGCAGCUCUUUCUUCUGGAUCAGAUGCUAAUCUUGCUUUACAAUUUCAAGGGCAUGGUGCAAACCUAUUGCGAUUAAAUAAUGGCCACUCUGAGGAAAAUAAUGGAGCCAAACCUAUCACAGGAGAUUUACACUCUUUAGAGGCUGGGGAGACUGUGAGAUUGAAUCAAUUGAAAAAUGGUGAGCUUGCAGAAGGAUCUAGACUAACUGCAUACAAGGAAGAUGUGAUUGGUCCUUAUAAAAAUGAGAAAGAAGAGGGUGAGCUGUCCCCUAAUGGGGAUUUUGAAGAUAAUUAUGGUGCCUAUCAGGAUGAUACUUCACCAACAUUGCCUCUGAAAAAUUGUGGCACUGAUGGCAUGCAACAUGAAACAGGGAUUCGUGAAGAGAAUUGUGCAGAUGCUGCAGGUGAAAACGAUGAGGAUGCAGAUGAUGAGGAGAGUGAGAAUGUUUCUGAGGCUGGAGAAGAUGUUUCAGGCAGUGAGUCUGCUGCAGAUGAUUGCUCACGUGAAGAGCAUGAUGAAGAGGACGAUGGAGAGCACGACCUUAAUGGUAAAGCCGAGAGUGAAGGUGAGGCAGAGAACAAUAGCGAAGCUCACGAUACAGGAGCAGAUGGUGCAUCAGUACCACAGUCCGAACGUUUUCUUAUGACCUGCAAACCUCUGUCAAAGUACGCGGCAUCUCCAAUUCUAGGUGCUGGGAAGAAGGAUCAGCGGUUUUUUUAUGGAAAUGACACCUUUUAUGUGUUGUUUCGGCUGCAUCAGACACUGUAUGAGAGAAUAUUGUCAGCUAAGGUGAAUUCAUUAUCUGCUGAAAGUAAAUGGCGAACAACAAAUGAUGAUAGUUCUGAUCCUUAUGCCAGGUUCACGAGCUCAUUGUUUAAUUUACUUGAUGGAUCUUCUGAUAAUACGAAAUUUGAAGAUGAUUGUCGAUCAUUGAUUGGAAACCAGUCUUAUAUGCUCUUCACUUUAGAUAAGUUAAUAUAUAAGCUGGUCAAACAGCUCCAAACUGUUUCAAGUGAUGAAGUGGACUGUAAGCUUAUUCAGUUGUAUGAAUAUGAAGAUUCUAGAAAACCUGAGAAGUAUGUUGAUUCAGUUUAUUACGAAAACGUCCAUGUCCUCUUGCAUGAAGAGAACAUAUACCGGUUUCAGUGUACGACUUCACCCACUCGCUUAUCUAUCCAAUUAAUGGAUGACGGAAAUGAGAAGUCAGAAGUAGUUGCUGUUUCAGUAGAUCCUAAUUUUUCAUCCUAUCUUCAUAACGAUUAUCUUUCGGUUGCUCGCGGGAAAAAGUUGUCAUCACCAGUAAUGCUGAAUAGGAAUUUGCAAAAGUAUGCUAACCUUGAUGAAUCUACCGCACUAUCUAUGGCUACCGAAAAUGUUAUGAUAAUGCAUGGGUUGGAAUGCAAGAUGGCUGCCUCCUCAUUCAAGAUCUCCUAUGUACUAGACACAGAAGACUCCUUUAUCCGUUUAGGAAGGAGAAGGGAAAAUAAACCAGCAGGAUCGCACGCUCAGACAAGGGUUCAGAGGUUCCGUGGGUUUCUGGCAGCAUCUCUGUGAUCCGGCAGUCCCCUUUUCUAUGAUGCCGUGAGACUUUGCUGUCAUUUCUCAGUUAGCCUAUGGACGAAUCAAACAACUACGAGGAGGCAGUCACUUGAACCCGACAAUGUUGUGCUCUUUAAGCCAGCAACACGCUGGCGUUGAUCUGUAUAUAUAGAAAGGCUUUGGCCGAUAAUCAUAACUGUAGAGUCUUUUAUUAUUUCAUUAUUACUAUAUUUGGUUUUGCAGUUGAAAAAAUAGUCUACUGUAUGUUUCUGGUAGUUAUUUCCUGCUGGAAUUAUAUUUAACAGGUAAGGGUGGGGGAAGGGGUUGUAACAGAUUAUAGCAGGAUUCCAUGUGUCUCUUCUCAGCAUUGUUUUCUGGCAAUGUGUAUAGCGUCGUUUAUCUGUGCAUUAUGUAUUUUUAACUUCAGUUCAAGUUUCAUCCUUUUCAAUUCCCCA